GAAGGAUAGCUCUGGCCUUUCAAUGGAAGAAAGUGCUAGAUUUUGUCAGCGUUGUAUGAUAUAACCGACUCUUCGGGUUCCAUAUUUGUUUGGGAAACGAUCGGAAUUGUCUGUAUUUAAUGUGAGAGACAGAACUUGGCGUCAAACAUGCGUAAAAAUCAACGCUGUCCAAGCAGGGAACCACCGAGAAAGGAAUUAUCGCCGCUCAUCUGAGGCCAAUCUCCAUUAUUAUUUUUUUUUUUUUGGUCAAAGAAAUAAGGGAAACAUAACAUAGCUUAGCGCGUAGCUCACGUAAGCGCCGUAGAUAGAUCACCAGGGGUAACAGCACAUCUUCACACAAAAGCGAGUGGUCCGGCAAUAUCAUCAAGAUUGGCUCUACAUUCGCGUAACAGCAGGAAAACCUAUAGGCAGCAAUGGGUGCAUUCCUGGAUAAGCCGAAGACGGAGAAGCAUAGUGCCCACGGUGAGGGCAAUGGGCUGCGCUAUGGCCUGAGCUCCAUGCAGGGCUGGCGGGUGGAGAUGGAGGACGCCCACACAGCUGUGGUGGGCCUCCCCCACGGACUCACCGACUGGUCCUUCUUUGCUGUUUAUGAUGGCCACGCAGGCUCCCGAGUCGCCAACUACUGCUCCGGCCACCUGCUGGAACACAUCUUGUCAGGAGGGGCCGACUUUAGUUCAGGACCCUGCUCCGUGGAGGGCGUGAAGGACGGCAUCCGCUCGGGCUUCCUGAACAUUGACGAGUACAUGCGCAGCUUCUCUGACCUGCGGCAGGGCCUGGACCGCAGCGGCUCUACAGCUGUGUGCGUGUUGCUCAGCCCGACCCACCUCUACUUCAUUAACUGCGGCGACUCGCGGGCCGUGCUGAGUCGAGACACCAAGGUGGGCUUCUCCACCCAGGACCACAAGCCCUGCAACCCCCGCGAAAAGGAGCGCAUCCAGAACGCUGGCGGCUCAGUAAUGAUCCAGAGGGUAAACGGCUCCCUGGCUGUGUCCCGGGCCCUCGGGGACUACGACUACAAAUGUGUGGAUGGUAAGGGCCCCACGGAGCAGCUGGUGAGCCCCGAGCCUGAGGUGUGUGUGUUGGAGCGGGCGGCCGAAGGAGACGAGUUUGUGGUGCUGGCGUGCGACGGAAUCUGGGACGUCAUGUCCAACGAGGAGCUGUGCGAGUUUGUGCGCUCACGACUCCUGGUGUGUGACGACCUGGAGAAGGUCUGUAACUCAGUGGUGGACACCUGCCUGCAUAAGGGGAGCAGAGACAAUAUGAGCGUGGUGUUGGUUUCUUUACCCGGAGCCCCCAAGAUCUCAGAGGAGGCUGUGAAGAAAGAAGAGGAAUUGGAUAAAUACCUGGAGAGCCGUGUUGAGGAGCUGCUGGGAAACUGUGGGGAGGCAGGCGUCCCAGACCUGGUGUCUGUCCUGAGGAGCAUUGCAGCAGAGAACAUCCCUAACCUUCCACCCGGCGGAGGCCUGGCCAGCAAACGGAGCGUGAUCGAGGCGGUGUACAACAAGCUGAACCCUCACAGAGAAGAGGAAGGGGCCUGUGCGGGGGGAGAGGAGGAGGAGGAGAGUGAGGAGGGAGGUGGCAGCACAGCGGCUCAUCUCCUGGAGGCUCUGCGGCAGUUCCGCCUGCACCACCGGGGGCAGUACCGCACGGUGCUGGAGGAGUCCCUGGCCGCCUACCACCUGCGGGGGGACAGCACUGCCGAGGGAGAGACAGGGGAGAGCAGGAGGAUCUGCGAUGAUGACGACGACGACGACGAUAACGACAACGGCCAGGAGCAGCCCGCCUCCCCUCCCUCUCCCCCCUCGCCCCCGCUCACACCCACCAUUGCUGAGCCGGAUACCUGCAAAGACGCGCCCGCUCCUGAGUCCGAUCCCGCCUCUGACUAAACACCCAGCCCACAUACCCUCCCACCCAUCAGAUCCUGGUCACAGAGCUCUAUCCAGAUGUGCUAUGACCUCUCCUCCUCUUUCCUUGAUCACAGAACAUGAACAGACACUCUGGCCACUUCCAGCUUUAAUAUGGUGUCCAUCUACGGCCACCGUUGCUAUUCAUGAAUACUUUAAUAAUGCAACGGAAAUAAAAAUGGCCCUUCUGUCUAUUCAAGUUCUGUCUGCCCGAGCCACCUUCAACCUAAUUAGGACUUUUUCUCGCCCCUCUCAGCUGCUGACCAACUUUUUACAGCUUAGCCACGCUGAUGUCACUGACGUUUUACAAUAAAAAAUCCAAACCCAAAACAAUCAUUGGCAAUAGUGGUGGCUGGUUAAACUCUCCAAUAUUAGCUUCUGGCUGAUAUCCCUUCUCAACCCCCCCCUCCCACCCCCCUCACCCCUACCCAAUCUCAACCCCACACCUGCUUACAGGGGACGAACUGACACAAAGAGAAGGAGAGGAGACCUUCAGAACUGCAGCUGUCUCAAACACACGGCUCUGUCUCCCGGCCUACUUCAUCUACAGACUCAGAUCACACUCUUUUGUUGUGUAUAUGUAUGUAUGCGUGUCUGCAUGAGUUUGCGUGACCGAGCAAGAGACCAGUCAUCACCACUGAAAUGUGUGUUUUUAGUAGUGUGUGUGUGUGGGGGGGGGGAGGGGGGUUUCUUGAGUGUUAGCCCAUGUAUUCACAUAUUUUGGGGGUUGUUCAAACCAGUGUGGGUGCUGACAAACAGGGGGCAAUCUGACCACACAGGGAUGCUGGUGUGGACGGGUGGGUGGGUUGGGUGGGUUGGCGGGUGUAUACUUGAGGUUUCAUUUCAAUCACUCUCCCACCACAUCACCACAUGUUAGUAAGCUGCUUCACAGUCACCACAAAAGGAGUCAGAAUGUGUGUUCCUGGUUGGUAUUUUCAGGGUGGACGAAAAUUUUGAGUAAUUCUCAAGAAGGCAAAACAUAUUCGGUUUCCAGGCAACCAAAGUAGACAUAAAAUUUAAAUGAAAACCAGACUGAAAUCCUAGAGCCACACUAGUGAGGCUGCAAUGCUCAUCACACACUUAUAAACAAAAAAAAAAAAAAAAAAAAAAAAGAGGAAAGUUUCACUAUGAGGACAAAAAUGUCAAGUGUGGCACGAUAGGAAAUAUUAUUAGUGAAAUCAAAAAAUGUUAUCAUGUCUACAGUGGGUAUGUUUUACAGCUAAGCAGCGCUGCAACAUGUGACUCAAUUUUAAUUAGUCAUGUGUCAGCUCUAACCCAGGAGAAGCUUUGUCAGGUUUAUUUGUAAACUUCUGUUAGCAGCUCAAUUACACAGUUAGCAUGUAAACAUAUGUGUUUAAUAUGUUUGCAUGAUAGCACUGCUUUUGAGCUGAAUGCUAGCAUUACAACAGUGACGUGCUACUUAGGCUUUCACUCAAAACACAGCGUGAGCUUGAUUAAAAUCCAGCUUUAGACUAAUAAAAGUUGAGCCAAGUCU